CCUCUCUCGACACCUCAUCUCUUCCCACCUCCUUCCUCGUUCCGUUCCGUUCUCCAACCUCCUCCAUAAAGAUCUGAGUUUCUCUGGUUCUGAAUCCGAUCGGUCUAGUAUUAAAACCAAACCGACCCGAUUCUCUCGAAGUUCUAAUCAUCAGCAAUUAAUGGACUCCACGUCAACGAGCUCUACCUCCGAUCACUCUCGCCGGAAACGAAAAACAAAAUCUCCACCGUCUCCAUCUCCAUGGAGAUCGGAGAAGCAGCAACAGAUCUACACCACGAAGCUCGCACGUGCUCUAACGAUCACUAAACCAUCCUCCCUUCCUCACACCGUUAGAGCCGUGCGCGAAGUCGCGGACAGAGCCUUGGCGGUUACGGCAAGAGGCAAAACAUUAUGGAGCAUAGCGAUACUUUCCAAAUCCGUAAAACUAAAAUUCAGAAAACACAAACGGCAGAGAAUCUCUAAUCCGGUAAUCAUCACCGGGAGUAUCCGGUCAAAGAAACAGAGAGCGACGGUUGCGAGGGUUAAGGCUAAAGGUGUGGCGUCUGUACAGAGGAAGGUGAGAGUGCUUAGCCGGUUGGUUCCCGGUUGCUGUAAAGAGACGUUGCCGGUUGUUUUGGAAGAGACUAUGGAUUAUAUAGCUGCCGUGGAGAUGCAGAUUCGCGCCAUGACUGCUGUUCUAAACGCCGUCAGUUCUCCGACAGGUCGUGAAGGGGGACAAACACAUGUGUUUGGUUAGUUGGCCUAACUGUCUUUUUCAUUUUUUUAUAUAAUCAAUUUAAAAAAAUAACUGUUUCUCGUUAUUCUUCGUUGUAUUGUUUUCUGUUUGAAUAUUAACUGUUUC